AGUCAACCAAAAUUGCUCGAUUAGCGGUUCGAUCAACUAGUAACUUUCUGUUUAGUCCUUUCAUUAUUGUUUUGUCUUACAAAAGAUCAAUGUUUUUCUGGACAAUGCCGGAUAGAUGGAUCGGGCUGGCCCAUCUGGUGGUUUUUAUAUUCGGUGUCCUUUUCAAUGGACUGCCGCAUGCGGAUGGCAGUGUUAUAGUGCCUUUCUGGCCCUUGCAGAUGCGCCCAUUCAAUACGCCUUCGAUCAAACUGCCUCCGCAAUUAGCCCAACAACAAUUCCCGGAGCCUCUCGUUCGUGCACUCCUUCGCACAUGGCGUCCGUAUAAUAUCCCCAAAAGCUAUCAGAUCCAGCGUAGAAUGACCGGAAGUAAUCCGUGCGCUUCCGGGAGUCAUUCCCUGCCGCUAAUCAAUGUCCGCGGAACGAACUAUCAAGUUGGGUUCGAAACGGGGCGAUUGAUGCGCGAACACAUUCAGGCAUUUUACGCCAGUUUUGCCCCGAUGCACCACAAAUUCCUGCCUUUCAUUCGCACCGACAAAGGACGGAGGAUAUUCGAUGGGUAUUUAAAUGCUGUGCGGGAUGUUGUGCCGCAGUAUUUGGAAGAAAUCCGUGGCAUUUCUGACGGAAGCGGAGUUCCGUUUGAGCAGGUUUUCUGUAUGCAUAUUCGUUCGGAAAUCAGUUUGAUUUUGCGUCAAGGUCAUUACGAGACGCCGGCUUGCAGCACCGUAUUUGUUAACCGACCAGAAGCGGAGAUUGUUGGACAUAAUGAGGAUAACGACCCAGAGAUGAAAGCCAGAAGCUAUAUGGUGUCAGCGGAAAUUCUGGCCGAAAAUGGGACUUUGCUGGAAAAAUUUACAGCUUUCUCAUACCCUGGUUGUCUUCCGGGGAAUGCUUUCAGUUUUAAUCGGGCUGGGAUUAUUUUUACUGUUAACUCCGAAUCGCCCAUUGAGAUUCCCACAAAUAAAAUCCCUCGGUAUAUUAUGAACCGUGCUCUGUUGUCCGCGGAAAGCCCCGAAGAUUUUGAGAGAAUAAUAAGUACGCCACCGGGCUUGGCGCAGGGAUGCAGUAUAAAUGUGGUCUUCACAAGAAAUCCUAAUGAUUCCAUAAAAAUGCGGAAUUACGAACUGCUUGGAAGUUUCGACGCCACAAUUCCUACUGUGAUUGAUCGUGCAGCAACAUUUCCCUACGAUUUAUCUAAGCCGAAUAUGGAGGGCAACGGAUACAUGUACCACUGGAACAAAUACGAACGGAUACGGGUUAAACAAAAUCCCGACAACAUUGUCAGCUCCGUUCAUCGCCAGAAUCGAGCCAAGCAAUUUCCGGUGCCACAGAAUGUUGAAAAUGUGUUGAAUAUUCUGGGUGAUACCGCUGACGCUGAUUACCCUAUUUAUCGCACACCGAACGAGAAAGAUGGUGGAUGCACCAUCGCUGUAGCCCUUUUUGAUCUCAGAAACAUGACACUUUCGGUGUAUCGGGAUAAUCCAAAAACCAGUUCACCGCUGCUGACUUUGCCAAUCCCUAAAUUAUUUUGACAUUGAAGUGAUAGUUUUUUACCGGUGCCUUUUUGUUAUCAAUCGUUUAUUUUGAUUUAUGGACCAGCCUGAUACUUAGCAAAAAGUCGUUGCAAAAUAGUUACAAAAAUGUGUUCAUUAAAUUAAAUUCGUAACUGACGACA